AUGCUCUUCGUCCCCGUCCUCCUCUUCUCCUCAUACUUGAACCUGAACGGCUUCCCUGUGGACUCGGCCGGCGUGACUUCUGCUUGGAGUGCCGCGUACUUGGUCGUCGCAAGGAGGAGAAAGCAGGCCUUUUCCAGCAAGUUUGGCGCUAGAGGUGCCAUUAGAGGUCUCACACUGGGUCUUUGCGCUGCAAACAUUUUCAGCGGCGGUCUGGCGUACGUCUUUGGCAAGAGGGAGGCUCAGGAAGAGUGA